GUGCGAGCUGAAAUCCAGGCGUUUGUAAAGGGCAUUGGCUCCAGCAUCAGUCCUGAGAAGCUGUUAGAGAAGGCCUUCACCAUUCGACUGUUCAGCCGUAAAGAAAUCACCCUGCUCCAGCUCACCAAUGAGAAAUCCCUGCAGCAGAAAGGGAUCACUGUCAAACAGAAACGACGGAAUGUGCAGCUGGCCCUUAACCCUGACACUUUCUCCUCGGAGAUUGUCAGUGCCAAGGAAAUGCGGGACAUCUGGUCGUGGAUCCCUGAACGUUUUGCCCUUUGCCAACCGCAGCUUCUCUUCACCACGUCUACUCAUGGCUGCAGCCUGACUAGGUUCUAUUCCCACUGUGAAGGCUACGAACCCACUUUGCUCCUCAUUCGGACAACAGAUGGUGAUGUGUGUGGAGCCUUUCUGUCUACAGACUGGGAGGAGCGCAAGAGAGGUGGAAAUAAAUUAAGUUUCUUUGGAACUGGAGAGUGCUUUGUUUUCAAGCUAAAGCCAGAGAUGGAGCGCUACGAGUGGGUGGUGAUCCGCCAUCCUGAAUUAGCUUCUUCUUUAAAGACUCAAGCUGAGGAUGAUUCCGCUGCGACUGAGGGCCAAGACAGCAAUAACCUGCAGCAGCCAGAGAAGCCUGUAGGGGAACUGUCACCUUUUCUGUCUGCCCGCCACUUCAACCUCACCUCCAAAAACACUUCCAUGUUCAUGGCUGGAAACUUUGAUUCUAUCAUAAUAGGUGGAGGUGAGGGUAAUGCACUGUACAUAGACUCUGAGCUUAACCAUGGGCGCUCUGCAACUUGUGCCACAUUUGACAACCCUCCUCUGUGUGCAGAGACCUUCCAGGUGUCACUGCUGGAGGUCUGGGGCUUCCAGGACACCAUGGCCUCCUAAAGCAGUAGGCAGACUUACAAACACUAGUAAUAUGCAGUCCAAGAUGAAACUCUUUUUGAAAAAGGAAGGAAUCCAAGGCAGCCAAGGUGUCAUGCUGGUUUGCUGUGACCUAUUCCCUUCACUGGGUCAUCCUGCAGAAUUGUCUCACAAAGAUGUUUUGAGGUUAUAUAUGUUAAUCCAUGGGUUUCAGCGUAAUGAAAAUUAAGACAAAUUGUAUCUUUUGAAAGUAUUAAAAUCCUCAAAAGUCAUGAAGUACCUGAACUCAUGAAUGAAACAAUCUCAGAUGGAGUCUUGCCAAAUAAAAAAAAACAAACUUUCUGUCCUGGACCCGGCCAUAAAUAAGUGUUGUGCAUUGUAUGUCAGGUGUAGCUAUUUGUGUAUAUUAUAAUAUAAUGAAAUAAUAUAAUGAAGAGGAAUACUGUAGUGAAAUGUCCUGUGUUGGUCAUGUUGAAUGGUCUGUUGGUGAAUGAAUAUUUGCUGUAGUUAUUUUUUUCAAAAGAACUUUAAAACAUCACCUCAUAUGUGAAUAAUAGAUAAAAAUGUUCCUUGCCAUUGUGACAUUAAUCUCUCCAGUUUCAGGCCCUGUUACCUUUUUUGUGUAAAAGCAGUAUCAUACACAUGCUUAUAUGUAACUUGUUGGUUUUGUCACUUUAAAAUACUACUAUAUGUAUUGAAUAUCAUGUGAAAAUACAAGAACGUACUUUUAAGUAAAAAGAAGUACUCUAGUAUUUCUUUUCUAUUGCCUAUAACUAUUUCUGUUUGUUGCUCCAAUGAGGUUUAACGUCUUCAGACUCCUCACAAAUGUGCCAGAUGCCUUUAAAAGUCAGCUGACCACAUCUUAUGCCCUGUUAUCCUGGCAUCUGAUUGGACUGGGUCACUUGCAAAAAUGUUCUGUCUCUGUACAUGUAUUCUCAAUUUAGAACAAAAUUACUCAUGCGUAUCAUCU